AUGGUGGGUGACUGUACCGGUUCAGAUUACUUCUCCAGUUUUCCGAAGAAUUUAAACAUGAUCCAGAAGAACUACUUCUCCGAUCUUAAUAAGCUUGCUCUUACUAUCUUGUUCUUCUCUGUUUCUUGGUCCUUCACCUCAAGCAACACCACUGUCCCGGUGAACGUGGGGGUUAUUUUUGAUGACCUUACUUCAGGGUCUGCGAAGACAUGGUUGAGUUGCUUCAAAACGGCCGUCUCAGACUUCUAUGCUUCUAAUCAUUACUACAAGACUAGGCUGGUCUUGCACAUCAGGGACUCCAAGGGAAGUUUUGUUGGGUCAGCUGCUGCAGCUAUAGAUUUGAUACAGAACGAACAAGUGCAAGCCAUCUUCGGGCCAACGACAUCGGCACAGACAAACUUUGUCAUUCAUCUUGGAGAGCAAGCUCAUGUGCCCAUAAUAUCAUUUUCUGCAACAAGUCCUACUCUUACCUCGCUCGGUAGCUCCUACUUUUUCCAAUUUGCACAGAACGACUCAUCCCAAGUGAAAGCUGUAAGUGAUAUUGUCAAGGCUUUUGGAUGGAGUCAAGUUGUGCCCAUCUGCAUAGACACUUUGCAUGGAAGGGGUGUCCUGCCGUUUUUAGCUGAUGCCUUACAAGAGGUUGGUACCGGUAUUCCAUACCUCAGUUUCAUUUCCUCAUCUGCCAGUGAUGAUCAGAUCGUGGAAGAGCUUUACAAGUUAAUGAUGAUGCAAACUAGAGUCUUUAUUGUUCAUAUGCCGACUCACCUGUGCUCUAGGUUAUUUACCAAAGCAAAAGAGAUUGGAAUGAUGAGUGAGGGCUAUGUUUGGUUAACUACUAAUGUGAUUACAAAUCGUAUAACUUCAAUGAACUCUUCAGUCGUCGAUUCCAUGAAUGGAGUUAUAGGUGUGCAAACUUAUGUCCCGAGAACAGGAGAGCUCGAAAAAUUCAAGCUCCGAUGGAGACAGAAGUUCAAGAACGACUAUCCAGACAUCGUUGAUGUUGAAUUGGAUGUUUACGGAUUUUGGGCUUAUGAUGCUACUUUUUCCAUAGCAAUGGCAAUCGAACAAGUGAUUGGGACUACAAGUAGUUUUGGCUUCCAAACGCCAAAUGCUUCCAACAAGUCCACGGAUAUUCUCGGGAGUUUGCCAGUCUCUCCAUAUGGUCCAAGACUUUUAAAAGCACUAUCAACUACUAGAUUCCUAGGCCUUGCAGGGGACUUCAUCCUCAUUGACGGGCAACUUCAAUCAUCUAAUUUUAGGAUAAUUAAUGUCAAUGGCGGAGGAGCAAGAACAAUUGGAUUUUGGACACCAGAAAAUGGACUUGUUAGCAAGAUGAGUUCCCCAAAUUCCACAUGCCAUCUUGAACCUGUCAUAUGGCCAGGAGAGUCUCUCUUGGUUCCCAAAGGAUGGGAGAUUCCCACAAAGGGUAAGAAGUUGAGAAUAGGAGUUCCUGUUAGGGAUGGUUUUACUGAGCUUGUCAAGGUAACAAUAGAUACCACCGCAUACACAACGGAUGUCACUGGCUUCAGUAUUGAUGUCUUUAAGGCUGUAGUUGGAAUGCUGCCAUAUGCUCUUCCUUAUGAAUUCAUUCCGUUCGCAAAGUCUGAUGGCACCAAAGCUGGAAGUUACGAUGAUCUGUGCUAUCAAGUAUAUCUUGGGAACUUUGAUGCUGUGGUGGGAGAUACAACAAUUCGAGCAAACAGGUCACUGUAUGUGGACUUUACAAUGCCAUAUGCAGAAGCCGGUGUCGUAAUGGUUGUGCCGGUCAUAGACACAAACAAAAGAAGUGCAUGGGCUUUCUUCAUGCCAUGGGGUUGGGACCCUUGGCUUGCAACUCUGAUUUCCUUGUUGAUAGGUUUUGUGGUUUGGGUCGUUCAACAUCGAACUAAUGAAGAUUUCCAAGGCAUUACCGCACAUCAAGAAGUUGGCAAUGUUAUAUGGUUCGCCUUCUCAACCAUGGUUUUUGCUCAACGAGAGAGAGUGGAUACCAACUUGGCUAGAUUUGUUAUGAUAAUAUGGCUAUUUGUCGUGCUAGUACUAACGAUUAGUUACCAAGCAAGUCUAACCUCGAUAUAUACGGUUGAAAAACUCGAGCCAACUGUUACCGAUAUCAAGGAUCUAUUGAGGAAGGGGGAAAACAUUGGCUACAUACCAACUGCAUAUACUUACGAGAUGUUGAGGCAAGUAGGUUUUGAAGAUUCCAAGCUCAUGGCUUUGGGAACUAUGGAAGCCAUUGAUGAAGCUUUUUCAAGAGGGAGUGAAAACAGUGGCAUUGCUGCUUUUGUUGAUGAAGUUCCCUACACGAAGCUUUUCAUUGCAAGACAUUGCUACAAAUAUACCAUGAUUGGACCUAUCUUUGAAUCGGAUGGCCAUGGCUUUGUAUUUCCGAAAGGUUCUCCUCUUCUAUCCGAUGUUUCACAGGCAGUUCUAGAGGUGAGGGGACUAGAAAAGAUAUUGAACCUCGAAGAUAAAUGGUUCAAGAAAGACAGCAAUUGUCGAGACUUCACUAACCUAAGAGUUUCUUUCAUAUAUCGUCAAAUAUAUCUCCUAUUAGCCACUUGCGUCAUCUCACUAGUCGCUGGAGUACUCUUGUUAUAUUACAAGUACUGGAGAAAGGAUCUGGAAAAAACUGAUGGUCCAGGAUGUCCAGCACUCGACUGGAGUCCGAAACUCAUAUUUACGGAGAAUUCCGCAUCUAGUGAUCCGGUAGGGCUACAAGCACUCCCAACUGAUUGAGUACUGCCACCAAUGUCUAGAAAGACGAAAAUGAAAGACGAAUAUGGACCCGCAUUCUGCAUA